CAGAUCUGGGGAGCACUGAGGUGGUGGGAUGGGACUGGGAAGCUACUCAAUGGUUCCAGAGCCAGGAGAUGCCCAGGCCCAUCAGACUGUUCUCUCUCCCGACCAGGCACUGGAGGGAUCCGAAGAGAAGUUACGUUCUGGCAGUGUUGUCUCCAGAGGAUCCUGAAUGGCUCCUGUUAAAAUCAGCUGUGUGGUGUCCUUCUCCUCCCAGGAUCCCAAGUACCCAGAGGAGAAUCUGCUGAGUGAGGAUAGCAUUUGGCCCUGGCUUGGCUGCCCCAAGGGGCACAGCAGGCACCUGAGUGUGGAGCUGCAGCUGGAGAGAGCCUGUCCCAUUGGCUACAUUGACGUUGGGAACUACGGCUGUGCCUUUCUGCAGAUUGAGGCCUGCUCAUGGCCCCCUGACCAGCCCUAUYUCACCUUGGUGUCACACUCAGAUGUCCCAGAGCUGAUGGUGGGGCAGAAGUGGCACUGCAUGCUGCUCACCUGCAGCCAGCCCUUCAGUCCACGCARCCGCUUCGGGGUCUCCUUCAUUGGGUUGUGCACCACAGGAGCAGGAGCCUGAGCCUCCCCAGCCACUGCUGGGCCYGAGUCUGUACUGGAUGUCCCUGUAGCCUUUCUGAGCACCUGCAGGCAGUUGGACAGGCACUGUGCUCCCAGCCCUGCUAGCAGGGCUCCAGCUGCCACCUCAAGGCUACCAAAGAUGAGAGGAAAAGCCCGAGCCCGUGGCCCCCAAGAGAAACGGGUCAGGAGGAGUGACAGGGGACAGGCCAUCGGUGACGGGGAGACUGGCGUCUGUCCCAUCUGCUCAGGCUGCUUCCUGCUGGAUCUGCUCCCCACACAUGCCUCCCAGUGUGGAGAAGACCCUACUGCAGCCUGGCUUUUCUUGUCCCCGAUGCCUGGGCGUCCUGCCCUAUUGCCAGCUGUSCUGCGGAGUGGCAGAGACGGAGCAGAAUGCCAGCAACUGUGGAGAGACACCAGGUGCUUUGUCCUCGCCCCAGUGCCUGCAGUAGGACAACAGUGCUGGCUGGGGACAAAUCCUGUUGUCACCUCCCCUGGGGGCUGAAACCUGUAGUGCAGCAAGGGGCAGAGACACUGGAGCUCUGGGACAUUUGUGGCAAGGCUGGUGUGAGGGUGGAGAACAUGCUUCCCUCUUGCACCCCAUGGCCAGGUUUGGUGGAGCUUGAAACACUGUAAUGGUAGGAGUUGCUACUGGAGAAGAGUAAGUUAAAGGAGAGAAAGAAGAAAGAAAUCUGCAUUAUGACUGCUUGGUGCCACAGUAGGUUCCCUGGGUGAGCAUCCUGCCUUUGGACACCCUGCACAGCUGGUGUGAUAGGACAAGGAAGAGGUCAUGCUUUUCCUUCACUCAAAUCCUGAUAAGGGUUCC